AUGGGAUUUGCAUAUUCAAAUGACGAUGUUUAUGCUACUAUCAAGGAAAUAAGAUUUAAUAAUUGUUUGCAAAAACAUCCAGGAGGACACAAAUGUUCUGAACUUCAGUCUUGCGAAACAUUAUAUAAAAUGAAAUUGAUGAAUGGAUGCAAAGACAAUUUAUCUUGCCAGUCAGAUUUAAGUAAGAAAGAAACAAAAAUAAAAACAUUCAAAGGUUGUAAAAGAAGACUGCCACGAGCUAUUAUCAUAGGGGCAUAUAAAAGCGGAACACGAGAGUUGAUAGACUUUUUAGCAAUGAAUCCUCUAAUUGUUAUCAAAAGGCAACCGAAAUAUGAAGUAGCAUAUUUUGAUAAACAUGUGGAUAAAGGAUUAGACUGGUAUAGGGACGAAAUGCCAUUCAGCACUUCGGAUCAGAUAACCAUAGAGAAGUCGCCUAGCUACUUCACGAGCAUGGAGGCUCCCAGACGGAUCUACGAAAUGGACAAAAAUAUGAAGUUAAUUCUAAUUGUUCGGGAUCCUGUGGAACGGACAAUAUCGCAUCUUACUUUUGAAGAAUUUAUUCUCAAAGAACAAUAUGGAAAUUCUAUUAAUAAUUGUUUAUACAAACGCGUACUAAACAGAAAAGUGAUCAACGAAAACUGCUUCGCUAUCAAGGCCUCAUUUUAUGAUGCUCAAUUAAAAACAUAUUUAAGAUAUUUCUCACUAGAACAAAUUCAUAUAGUAGACGCUGAUGACUUUCAAAAACAUCCAUGUAAAGUUAUCAGAGAUCUGGAAGCAUUCCUUGAUGUAGACAGAUAUAUAAACUGUGAUAACUUUCUUCACAACAAGAACACGGGAUUUUACUGUGUUCGAACUAAGAAUACUGAAUCUGGAUUUUGUUACGAAAGAACCCGAGGACGGUUACAGAUGCAAACUGAGUUUUCGGUACUGAAAGAUCAAUUGAAAACAUUGUUUAAGCCUCACAAUGAAAUAUUCUUCAAUCUUAUACGCAAAAUAUUUCACUGGAGUUGA